AUGGCUUCGAACACCCUUGCUGAUGGUGGAGAUGAUGCACCUAAUUACCAAUUACGUGGUGUUGAACAAGUCUCUCCAAACACUGGAACAAAGAGAUAUAUUCCAGAUUCACCCUCUUCGUUGACGCCAGCAGAGGGAAUGUUAUUCGACACAGUUGAUGACGCGUAUAACUUUUAUAAAACUUACGCAGAAGCGGGAGGUUGGACUGUAAGGAAGGGCACACAGCACGAGAACCGUGGUAUUGUUAUAAACAAGUACUUUUUUUGUUCAAAGGAGGGUCAAAAAGACUUUCGACCGGUCGAUACCUUAGUCGAACAGCCGUCUGAUAGGUGGGUACGUAGGGUACCAUCCAAAAGGACCGGAUGCCAAGCUGCGAUCAGAAUAAAGCUUACCGAUGCUAAGAAGUAUUUGCUGUAUCAUUUUAUAGAGGCGCACAACCAUGAUUUUGUGCAUCAAGAAGAUUUACAUCUUCUCAAGGAAAACAGGGGUAUUAAUCGUGCUCACGAAGAGAUGAUAAACAAGAUGUCACAUCUCAACAUUGGUCCUGUUCGUGCAUUUAACAUUAUGAAGGAAGUGUAUGGUGGGUUCGACAAAGUCGGUGCGACCAAAGUCGAUUUUAAAAAUUUCAAGAAAGAAUUAAAUCUUUUUAUCGGAGAGUUUGAUGCGGAAAUGUUUGUCAAGCGACUGAUGAGGAAAAAGGAGUUUUUACCGAACUUCUCUUGUGAAUAUGAAACGACAGACGAAGGUGUGUUGAAGUGCAUUUUUUGGGCCGACGAGGAUAUGAAGAGAAAUUAUUAUAUGUUUGGGGACGUUAUAUCAUUUGAUGCUACCUACAAGCGUAACAUGUAUAACAUGAUGUUUGUCCCUUUCACCGGGAUUGAUAAUCAUAAUAGGAACGUGACACUUGGUGCUGCAAUUCUCGGUUCUGAAACGGCAGAGACGUAUAGCUGGUUACUUAGGGCGAUCAAGAACGCAUAUGGGUACGCGCCUCCCGUAAUCGUUACUGACCAGGACCCUGCGAUGAAAAAGGCUAUAGCGCAUGUUUGGCCUGAGUCGAGGCAUCGGUUAUGUAUGUGGCAUAUCAUGGAUAAACUCACUACAAAGGUCGGGGCUGCCCUAUGUUCAAAUACAGAUUUCAGGAAAAGAUUGUCUGCAGUUGUUUGGACUGAUUCUCUAUUGCCCGAAGCGUUUGAGGCUGAAUGGGCAGCUAUUAUUCAUGAUUUCGGUUUAACCGACCAUGAAUGGCUGACGUAUAUAUACGGGCUACGUGAAUCAUGGAUUCCAGCUUACUAUCGCGAAGAAGAAAUGUCUGGUCUUAUGCGGACAUCAUCUAGGUCCGAAAGCGAGAAUCACUUUUUUGGCAAGAUUAGCAAUCCAAAGUGCACGUUGGUUGAAUUUCUUAGCCACUUCGAUACGGCUAUUGAAGCGCAAAGGCACGGGCAACGGAAAAACGAUCAUGACACUCGAUACACCAACCCUGGAGAGUGGAGUGAUUUUGUUCUCGAGAAGCAAGCAGGUCAGAUAUAUACCAGAACUUUAUUUUUGGAUGUUCAACUCGAGAUUCAACAUGCUAUUCAUCGUUGUACUAGUGUCAGAUUAGAUCACGUUAUGAUACGCGAGGAGGAUGUUACUGUUAAGUGUAUCUGCAACAGGUUUGAGCAGUUUGGAUUGUUGUGUAGUCACAUUUUUUGCGUGUUACGGAUUCUUGAUAUAAGGGAGUUUCCGAAACAAUAUAUAUUGAGGCGUUGGACGCGUGAAGCUGUUCCAAAUAGUUCCCUCGGGUCCAUUCUUACAAAUGGUGGAGAUCCAGAUCGUAGUGAGGAGGUUAACCGUUGUGUUCGUGAGAUUAGUCACGCAACUGAGUAUGUUGUGAACAAGUUGAUUUCAAAAUUUGAUAAGUUGUCUGAUUUUUGUGAUCAUAUCAAGCAGUUUAUGUCAGUCGCUGAUGAAGCUCAAAUAAAUGCACCUCCCAAGACACGACGUAAUCGAUUUGCUGAACUGCUAGGAGUUGCUCCAGAGAGCACGGCCACUAUCCGUGUUCCAGUUGGUACCAGGUUCAAGGGUUGUGGUUCUCAUAAACGCCUUAAAUCUCAAAAGGUGCGAGCCAUAAGUCAGUCUGGGAGUAAACGUCGUCAAUGUUCAUUAUGUAAAAAAUACGGUCAUAACAGAGUAACGUGCUGGAAAUACACCGUGGCUGUGCCUGAGGCAGGUGCUUCACGGAAUGCUGGAGGUAAUGAAGAUACAAUUCGCGAAGGAGAUGCUGUUAUGGUUGUUGAAGGUGAUGGUCCUGGAUCGAACGAUGAUGAUGAUGUGUUUUACACAUCUGGAAACGAUGCAGAUAUGGAUGAUGAGGACAUGGCAGAGUAG